UAAUGUUGUGAUGUUAAUGUGGCUGAAUGUCAGAGCACAACAUGAUAAAUGUCUGUCUUCUGCUGCUUCCCACAGAGGCCAUAGAGAAGAGGUACAUGGAGGAGCCUCAAUGGGUAAGACAGAGGCAGGAAACCUCCAUGGAGCAAUGCAGAAGAAUCUCUUGAAAUACUCAAAAUGAUGCUUUAAUAUCUUUAAUAUCUUACUUGUUUAUUAGAGUUCUGUGUAAGGUAUGUUUCCAAAAAGCAAACCUAUCAACCAUGAUAAAUGGAUUUUAUAUGUGCCGCAGUUUGUGUUUUCGUACAUUCCUGUGGAAGAGAACAAGUGAAAAGACAGGGUUAGAACUCAAGACAACCCUACAUUUCAUAUGUAAUUGUCCGAAAUGCACAACAUUUUCACGUUUUGAUGGAAACAAGAUUUCAUGGGAAAACAAAACAGUGCAGCUGCACUCCCGACCGGCAGGGGGCAGACUGCAGGAAAAGAUGGACCGCAAACGUGCAAGGAGGAGAGCAGAAACAGAAGUGAGAUUAAUAUCAACAAACUGAGUUUACAACUCAAGUAAAACUUAACUACAUCCGAAACCGAUAAAUUUUAACACGUUGUUGUGUUCAGUUGAAAUGCCGUAAGAAAUCCAGUACGUUACGGGGAAGUAUGUUAAUGCACGUCGUGGAAGUGGUUUGUUUUUUCGCUCAAACUCGGUGGCUAGUUUAGCCAUUUGGAGGAGAGCUAAGUUAGCUAACUUUUUUUGUCAGUUGGCUGGCGUGAACUCAUUUGGACACCCCCAGCGAGCAAACAGUCGUCUAAUAUGCUCGGAUAUUACUACGUGCUUAGUUUUAACAAGGUUGUGGGUGUAGCAGGGUUAUCUCUUUGCUGCUGUUGUCUGUUUGCUGCCCGUCCUGGUAGUUUUAUGUGGCGCUGACAGAGCCCGGUUCGCUCGCAAUGCUCCUGCAGCUGCUCCCACCUGUCAACUAGCUGGUUCCUCUCCUCCUGUCUCCUGUCUCCCUUCUGUCGUUGCCCAAUGGCCCACUGCGGCUCCUCCGAGUCGAGCGCAAAGGUACAGGCACCGCGUCCGGAUGGCAUCAUGCCGUCGCAGGGUAGUGUAGACCAGAGCAUGAAGCCGGUGCUGUUCGAGAUCUUCGGCGAGAUAUGGACCGUCCAGUCGCGGCUCGGCCAGGGAGUCUCGGCCUCGGUGUACCGGGUCAGCUCAGGCAGAGCCACCACCGCCGCUGUUAAGGAGUUUCAGGCCGACACUCAGGGAGGAGAUUACGGGUAUCACAAGGAGAGGUCCGUGUUGGAGGACAUCCAGGGACAUAAAAACAUAGUGACAUUGUACGGGGUGUUCACCAACCACAGCUGUAUGGGUGUUUCGACCCGCUGUCUUCUGCUGGAGCUCUUGGAUGUCAGUGUGUCUGAGCUGUUGGUGAGAGGCAGCAGUGGUACCCAGGGUGGUAGACCUCAGCAGGGCCACUCCAUGUGGCUUGUUCAGCACUGUGCGAGAGACAUCUUGGAGGCUCUCGCCUUCCUUCACAAGGAAGGCUAUGUUCAUGCCGACCUCAAGCCACGCAACAUCCUCUGGAGUGCUGAUGACGAGUGCUUCAAGGUCAUCGACUUCGGCCUCAGCUUCAAAGAGGGAAACCAGGAUGUCAAGUACAUCCAGACAGACGGGUAUCGCGCUCCGGAGGCUGAGCUUCAGAACAGUCUUGCUCAGGCCGGGAUGGAGGUGGAGGGAGACUCGGGCUGCACAGCCGCUGUGGACCUGUGGAGCCUGGGCAUCAUCCUGUUGGAGAUGUUCUCAGGAAUUAAACUCAAAGAAACUGUCCGCUCGCAGGAGUGGAAGGAUAACAGUGCUGCCAUUGUUGACCAUAUCUUUGCCAGCAACAGUUUGGUGUGCCCUGCAAUCCCUGUCUAUCACCUCAGAGACCUUAUCAAAAGCAUGCUUCUCAAUGACCCAAAGCAAAGAUGCACCGCUGAAACUGCCCUGCUGAGCCCAUUCUUCAGUAUUCCCUUUGCUCCUCACAUUGAGGACCUGGUUCUGCUGCCCUCUCCUGUUCUGCGUCUGCUCAACCUGAUUGAUGACAGUCAUCUGCACAAUGAAGAAGAGUAUGAAGACAUCCUGGAGGACAUGAAAGAGGAAUGCCAGAAGUACGGCUCAGUGGUUUCUCUGCUCAUCCCCAAGGAGAACCCAGGGAAAGGACAGGUGUUUGUAGAGUACGCCAACUCGAGUGACUCCAAAGAGGCCCAGCGGUUGCUGACAGGUCGCACCUUCGAUGGGAAAUUUGUUGUGGCCACCUUCUACCCUCUCAGCGCUUAUAAAAGAGGUUACCUGUAUCAAACUGUGCAGUGAAGUCCUGAAGCUCAAUUUACACUUCUGCUUUGUUCGCAUGAAAAUAACACAACUGCGCAGGGCACCAUAAAGGAAAAGUCGUUUUCUCUCUUUAAGAAUAACCAGACCACACGGAGUUAUGAGUGGCCACCCUGCAGUUAAAAUUGAUUCAGUUAUCAAGGAGUGUAGCAUAAAGUUCUGCAUGUUAGCCAUGUGGUUUUCUACUGUUAAUCUGUGUUUUCAUGCAGAGUGUAAAUUGAACUCAGUUGUGAGGGGCGUACAGCAUCACUUUAUUUCUGCUGCCUCCUGUCUGUGCGCUGCUCUUAUCAGUACACAUCCAUGUAGUGGUUCAAGGUGAACUGCACCUGUUUCCAUUAAUGACUCUGGACCAGAGAUCUGUGGUCUGAGGAAAAGCAGUUCCUGCUCUAGCUUCCAUUACACUCUCAUUAAUUCACGCUUCAUUCAUGGAAAUGACCACGCUGAGAGAAUUUGUAAUUAUGACAAGAAAAAUCUUUGGUGUGGGUUAGUUGAGCAAAAGCCUUUAUUGACAGUGUAAGGGUUUGAGAAUCUGUGCUCUACAUUACAUCUAAAUAGGUGCAACUCUCUAGAUCUUAACACUUUAUCUCAUCAGUUGAGUCAGGGAUGUGAUUAGAAACAUGUAGCGGGAUAACAUUGAUCUCCCAGUAGUAAUGACUGAGAGUUUUAUGUCUCAAACUUAAAAAUCCUGAUAGCAAAAAAAAAAUCCCUGUCAACUGAAAAUGUCCUGUGGUGAAACUAGCAUUCUAUCCUGUUGUUAAAUUAAUGAUAAUAAGAAUUAUGUUAUUGUUGCCUAUUUAUAUUUGUUAUGUUUAACAUUAGUGGAAACUUGCGUGAAUGGAAACGUGCAUGAGUGGAAACGGCGUGGUACAAGGGGAUAUACAGGUAUUCUUUUCUGGCUCCUCAGGCAUUUUUUCUGGUAGAAAUAGUUUUGAGUGACCCUUCCACCAGCUGGUAGAUUUCACUCAUUUUCUGCCAUUAUUUGAGUAAGCCAAGGGCUCCCUGUUCCCUGUCCUGUAGCCUUAUGCUUUGUCUCCAUACUCGGAGAAUAUUUUUAGCAUCAGUUAAGGUACUGAUGUCUGAGAGAACAUACACUGGGUUUUGUGUUUUGACUGCAACACUGAAAGGGCAUAUGAACAAGUUUUUGAGAGUGUGCUGAAUUUGUCUGGUUCGCGACAACUAAUGUAUGAAUAUGAUGUAAAUCCAAAUCCUUUCCCAGUUGGAAAAUUAGUCUGUGAACAAAAAGAGCAGUAGUUCCAAGUGUGGUAGAAAAGUGUGUUCUUCUAACUAACUAAAGUCACGUACAGUUUAAUUUUACCUCCUAGAGUAAUGUAAUUUGAAUUCCAGCCUAGAGCCAAAGUGUCACGCUGUGUUAUCACUGUUCAGUGUCUCAGUGAGACAAUAGAAAAUGCAGAUAUAUAGUCAACUGUUGCUCUGUUAUGCAAGGCCACUGUGUGUAGCGUUUUUUGUAGCAUCUAUCAAAUUACUCUAAUGGCACUCUGUGUUUUUCUGAUGCCAAAAUGUUCAAAUCCUACACAUGGUGGCUUUAAGGAUUGUGAAGGGAGAGUGCAGUAGCUACUCUAGACAGAUACAGUGUAAUGUUAUACAACCUUCACCUGAUACUGUAAGGCUCUCAGUUAGUUUGUGCAUAAACUCUAGUAAGUUGAAAGGUAGACUCCUAGCCCAACAUUGUAGCACUGCUGUCCUGUAGGAAUAUAUUUCACCAAGGUGUUUGAGUACCGAAUAUACAGGAAGUAAUAUUGUUUCAUGCUUCUGUAUUUUCUCAAUCAAAAAUGUGACAGAAAUGUCAUAAAAUAUGCAGUUUUGGAGCCAAUACAAUUAUAUAAUUUUGUUGUUUUUGUUAUAUUGGUUAUAUCAGGGCAGUGACAGAGAUUUACUAAUGGAGUGCAUGAUUAUGUUGAAGAGCAGUGAAUGUCGGCAAGCCUGAUAUUUUUCCAUUGGAAUGUACUUUUUGUUGUAGAGCCAGAAAUUCUUUCAUUCUCUUGGUUCCACUGAGUCCACUGUGAUAACACAUGUAGUGCUCAUCAAGCCCACUCUGUCACACUGAAGCAUCAGAUGAUUUCUACACAAGUGCCCUAUGAUAUUCACAAGCUAGCUAGCUAACUAACCAAAAUGCUACUCUAACAACUGGUCGUGCAACACCUAACAUAGCUGAAGCCGUUGUAGAUGCCUUAGAAAAUAUUUCUCUUCUGGCAGAUGUAGUGCUGCCCACUAGCAAAACCCAGAUUGUUAUGGAUGAUAAAAAUGGAGCAGAAAUCACUUUCAUUUUCUUCACAAAGCUGCUCAUUGCUAAUUUUUCACUGUAUUCUUGUUAAAACCAGACUUUGCAACUUUUAUUGACUAGCAGUCACUGCAGCUACAAGUAAAAAUAAUGGCAUUAUGCUAAUGCUGGUAUUAGCUAAAUGCUACACUAAAUGCUAAAUUACUGUUUAGCAGUUAGCAGUACAAUUCUAUUUAACUAAAUGCUAAUUUGAUUGCUAAUGCUAAGUAAUUGUAACACUCACAUAAGUGGAGAUGAGUCAUGAAGUCAGAAAGCUGAUUCAGUAAUGUUACUGACAUUACUGAAUAUGUUAUAUGUUACAUGUUACUAACAUUAGCCAACAUUAGCUAUCAUAAACUACUGGUUAAAAAAAACCAAGUAAGGCUGUAGCUGCAAAACCUCUAGUGUCUUGAAUUGCUAUGAAUUGGAAUGUUUCAUGUGUAAGAGGAAGAAUGUGUCUGAAAGUUACAUAAUCUUGCUUUAAAGUCUGGUGUGUGAAGAACUGCACUAAUGUUUUAGAGCACAAAUAUAGAGUCCCGCUCCCGAUCUAAAUGGGUAAUGUGAUUUGAGUGUGAGAAAACCUAAAUAUUCCUGUAUAAUAAGAAAAUGUUGGAAGCUUACAAAUCUUCCUCUGUCUUAGACUUAUUUCUAUUGGCUGGACCGCAACAGUGGGGCCAGCCCUAUAAAUGCAAAUGUCACGGACUGACUGACUGACUGACUGAUAGAGUUGAGUGAUCAAGUUACAUCACUUGUCAGCCGAAUGCCAUGAGACUGAGUCAUAAAGUUACACUAUUGGUGGGCCGGCCGAGUGUUGGACUUUCCUCAUUGGCCAUUGCUCUUUCAAAAUGUAUUUGCAUGAAGAGUUUCUAUUAGGGGGGCGUUUAUAGUGUUGCCAUUUUAGUGCAUUUGUCGCUAGAUAUAGACAGUUUUUUUUUUUUUUUUUUUUAAAAAGCACCCAGCGAUAAAUCUAGCCACUCAGUGAGUGGCAGAGAGGUGGAGCAGCAGUUUAUUACCCAGAAGGAGGCUGUGCAAUGUGUGCAAGACAAAAUAAGAAAGGUAUUCUGUUGCUUCUAACUUUCUCUCUGAGAAAGUAAACAUUGAUGAUUUUGUCAGACGACGUUGUGGUAUUUUAGCAGUGCAUAGCAGCAGCUUGGAAACAACUUAGAAGUUAAUUUGUAGUCUUAAUGGGCUUUGUUUCAGUCACUAUUUCAAAUUUGUUCCGUUGUCUGACAACAUAAACAGAAAAACCUGGAACUGAGAACAGCAUUAUUGGAAAUUUUGCUUAAAAUACUGUAUAUUUGAGCACAGGGAGGCUGAGAGAGGGAAACACAUAAAUGGCUGACACUAGGCUGAAUGCAAAUACAAAGCAAUAAUGCCAGUAGGUUACAGUGGUUCCACAACAGUUUUCAGCUACAUUCUCAAUUUUGCUCAUAGACUAUACACAGUCCAGACAUAUACUAGGUUUUGAUAUAUACUAAGUGUUGUUAAAUACGAUGUUGCUCCUUCCAGUAUUAAAAAAGACUGUGACCUUUCUAAAUUCUGCAACAAAAAAAAACAACAAACAACAUUAGACUCGGAGGAAAAGUUGGAGUAUUGUCUCAUCUAAAGAACUACAAAAAAAUACUUUUUCUACAAACUGUAUUUGUAGGUAACUGAAAUGUGAAUUCCAAAGUUUCUGCUAGAGUCAACCACUGGCCAAAAAAAUCUUGAUUUGAAACUUGAAUCGGACUCCAACCACAUGAUUAUAAAGCACUUUUAAAUGAUCAGCCUGUGGUACGAAAGAUGGUCAGUGUUGUCACCUGUAACCAGUGGCCCUCAAAUAGCAACACCAGGCUAAAAUCCAAUGAACAAAUUUUCUUCCAGAAGUUUCCAUCACUUGUCCCAUAGUUUGUCAGGGACCUGGUUCAGAAAAUGAAUCAUUAAUAAUGUCAAGAUAUUCCAUAAAAAUAUUCUGCUGGUCCCUCAGACAAACAUAUGUAAACCACUUGGUCACUGGGACACCCUUCUCAUCGCCCAUGUUGGGUUCACUUUAAAGUGAGAGAGCCAUAUCUUUGUAAAAGUUUCCAAGACAAUUUCUAAGAUGAUGGCCUGCAACAUAGAACAACAAAAUUGUGGCUCGGGCAACAAGUGACAAAUAAUUACAUGACAAAAUGACACAAAUAACUCCAAUGGAAUUGUCUUAUCUUUGAUAUUAAGGGUUUUUAUCUUUCACACCUAAACUGCCUUGUUCCAGUCUUAAUUAAACAGCUCCCCGCUCAUAAAUUGAUGAUAAGAAUGGCUUAUGGUUGUCAUAAAUCACUUUGGUGGCAUGAAUGUUAAGCCACAGCAGGUCAUAAAACAGACGCAAAGAGACAAAGUUAGGAGAUGACUGACCAAAUGUGACUAUGACGUCGUCGUUAAUGACUUUAUUAACAUGACCAUCCACUGAAUCCACUGUUUAAAGCCUCACUGCCAUUGUUAAAUGCACUGCAACAUGGUCACUUUAUAAUUGAUUCAUGCAUUGGUUCGUUUGUCAUCUUGUGUUACAGACUGGAAGAUGUUACUGACUCUGAAUCACUAAGUGUUUUUGGCGUGUAUUAAUGUUAACAUUAGGUUAGUGGUUAUGUCUGGAGCUAUGGUUUGUACUGUUUCUAGUUUACAUAGAAAAGGGCAAAGCAUAUAUAUAUAUAUAUAUAUAUAUGUGUGUGUGUGUGUAUGAAUGAAUAAGAUUGCUCACUAAUUGAUUCAGCAUUGGCAAACAACUUGUUUUGACCUCUACCCCCUCUACUCUGUAUAUUACAGCCAUGCGUAACGUAGCCUAUACCACCACCCUCUGAUGACACUAUGCAGCCUUGUUAAUUCGCUCCAAACCAGUUGAUGGAAAUGAACCUAAUUUUGUGGCAUUCCUUUUGUACAUACUGACAUUCGGUCCACCCAGAGCAGCAGCCAAGAAUGUUGUGGUAUUUUUGUGUAUUGUGAUAGAGGGCAGUCCUGAUGAUAAGCACACAGUGUUGGUCAGCAGGUACAGAAAGAGGACACAGGGUGAAGAACACGCCUUAAGAUCUCAGCUCUGUCACGUUGAAUGAUGAAUCGACAGCAAAUUUUCUUCAUAUUGAGAUGAGAAUGUGUGGAAGAUGCCUUUCCUUGACCUGCACUGGCUUCAAGUCAGCAUGAUGGACAGAGGCCUCUGUCCUGUAAGGAUUGAGUUUGUAUGCAUGAAGCUUAUUGCUCUGUUUUGCUGCAUACCUCAAUUCUCCUACCUUCCCUUUGAGUCCUCCAUACUUUCAUCUUUCUUCAUAUCUCUGUGGCUCUAACUCAGACGACUCUACAGUUGUUACUUCUCAGGCUGUUAAAGCUGUAAUAGGCAAGAUUUUUUUUUUUCCCCCCAGUAUUCCCAUCUGUUUAAAUUCAGGUUGAUCUGGUUUUUGUGUGGACACCAAAGGGAAAUCUCUGCCCACAGGAAAUAAUCCAAACAGUCUUCUGCAAAUGCAGCAAAAAAUGUACUUCAUGAUAUCGGGUUGUUUAUGUCUUUACUUUUCACUGCCAUUUAGGGCUGCCAGUUAGCUGAAGUGCACCUUUAAGUCAGUUUACCUUCCAUUUUCUGUCAUCUAAGACAUUAUAUUUUUGUGUUGUUUUUGUCUUUGCUGCUCAGCGUGGCUCCAUUGUGCACUGACAGAUUCAGGGUUGUGCUUUAAUUUUAUGGCACCUGACCUUUAGGCCUGACUUUGAUAAGCUCUCAGCACAUUUGUGCAUUAGUGUGUGUCUAGGUAAUUUGGACAAGGUUUGUGUGUGUGCGCACGUGUAGGUAGAGAAGUGUAGAAUUUUUGGGGACAGCGAUAUAUAAGUUGCAAGAGCUGUUUACCUUAAUCCAUGACAUGUCUGUGUGAGACAGAUGUGUAACAAUGUGUCGGGACUAUUUUUCCUCCAUAUGUGUGUGUGUGUGUGUGUAGUGUUAUAGCUGAAGUGGCGUAUGCCUGUUUGCUUGCAAGAGGCAAUCUGAAAUAAACUGAAAUCAUAAGGACAGUAUGAGUUAGAGUCAGUUUAGAACUUAGUUAAAAUGCAAGAGUACAGCAAGUCAUUUAUAUGCUGUGUGUGACUGUAGUAUCCAUUCCUAUUAACAAGCACACAUCACACAGGCUUACCUUGAAAUUCUUUACAGCACAGUAGAUAAAAGCUGAAGUGUGGUGGUACAUAAAUCUUUAACUCAAGUUCACCAAGAGUGACAGCUUGUUGAUGAAAUAGGUCAACGAAAGGUGAAUGAUAAUUUAAAAAAUACUACUACAAUGAUUAAACCAAGAAGUGUUCCUAGUGGUACAAAAAGAACCGUGAUUUCAUGUGAAUGAUAGAAGUUGUUUUUCUUUGUAAUUAGAACUUAAAGCUGCAAUAGUUAAUUAAUUUCACAGGCCAGAAAAUAAAAACAAUAUAACUGAAAAAGCUGCAUAAAGCUGAGAUGAACUGCAGUUGGGUGAUGAUUCUUUGUGGGUUUGUCACUAUGAAUGACCACUUCCAUAUUACACAUUGUGAUUUGAUCUGCUGUUAAUAUGAAAAUGUUGAUGAGUACAGCUUUAAAUAUCUGUUAGGUCUGAAUAUUAAGGCAUUUUCGCAUCAAAUGAGUCUGAAUUCUAAGGAAAUAAUAUACUUUUUCCCGAAAUUUUUUCAAUAUAAUUUAAAACCAAAUCUGACCUGUUACUGUUGUCAAAUCAGGUUUGAGAAUAAAGCUGCACAAGCUCUGUGAGCCUAGAAAUACCAAAAUCCUAAUGGAACGAUCAGACAACCAAAACAAAACGAUUUGAUGAGGAGGGAGAAGUUGCACAAUUAUUGACAUUUAAAUCUCAACAACCUUCAAAAUGUUGGGUUUUUAAUGUAGUAUUUGAAAAUAUCAAAAGACAAUCAAUCAUACAAUUGUUGCCUUUUUCGGUCUUCCUUUUGGUUUCAACCAGUUUUAUCGAGGACUAGUUGGUUGAAUGUUGUGUAAAAGUUGGAUUUUAACACUCGAUGUUGAUCCAGACAACAGCGGGAUAUUUGAAGAAAAGUGCUAUGUAUGAUUGGAUCAGAUAAAUUGUUUUGGUUUUUUCUAAGUGAAACAAUAAAAUGUCAAGGGUUCGUGUUAAUUUCUAUUUCAAGAUAACAUAUCCUCAGUCAGUGGUCCUGCCUCAUGAAAUGUUCUGCAGGCCAAACUGGACUGAUUUUUAGUUUUUGUUUCUAAACUUCUGCCUAAAGACAAAAACACAAUGUGAGAAGGUCACUGUGUACAAGACACGUACAACGUGUGUGAAACUGUAUGAAUUAGUCCAUGCCUUCCAGUUGAGAAUGAAUCAUAGCACUCACAAUGUUUCAGUAUCUCAUAAUAUUAAAAAUGAUGCUUGACUUGAA